AUGCCAAAUACUUUGAACGUUGGAAUUGUCGGUACCGGCAUUUUCGCUCGUGACAGACAUCUCCCAUCGUACCAGGAAAUGCCAGAGCACUUCCGAGUGACUGCGGCUUUCAACAGAACAAGGAGCAAAGCGGAAGCUUUUGCAGAAGUUGCUGAAAUCUCGAAGGAUAAGGUCUAUGAUAAUUUAGAUGAAAUUUUGGCCGAUGAGUCUAUCUCCUUUAUCGAUGCGCUUUUACCAGCUCAAUUCAAUGCCACAACAGUAGUAAAAUGUGUGGCUGCGAACAAGCCUGUCAUCUUAGAGAAACCAAUUGCUGCCACGAUUGCACAAGCCAGAGAAAUUGUAAAAAUUGCGGAGACGACCAGUGUCCCCGUCGGAAUCGCUGAAAAUUGGUUGUUCUUGGAAGUCGCGAAGACUGUCAAGAAAUAUCUGCCUAAAAUUGGGCCGCUAAGUGCGUUCACCUACAACUCAACGGGGCCAUUUAUCUUCCACAACAAGUACUUAGCAACAAGCUGGAGGAAAAACCCUGAACAUAUCGGCGGGUUCCUAUCAGAUGGUGGUGUCCACCAACUAGCCUUCUUGGUUGAUAUCUUGGGCGAAGUUCACUCGGUCUCGGCUCACACGAAACAAGUGCGUCCACAGUCAGGAACUGACGAUGUUGUUUUCUCUACCGUAAGGAUGAAGAAAAACGAUCUUAUCGGCACUUUCACUUACGGUUCCGCUUUUGGCUCUUGUGAGAAGUCUGUAUUCCUCAAGGUUUACGGCUUGAAUGGCUCUUUGCUUGUUAACCUCUCUGAAAAGAGGGCCCCAAAAGUUACUGUUAUCAUCGGUGACUCCGCUGAGGCAGAUGCAAAGACUGAGGAAUUUACUGUCAAGGAAGAUGGCUCUUUUGGAGUCAAUGCUGAAUUUUUGAAUUUCUAUGAGGCGGUGAGUAAGAAGGACAAAUCCCUCGUAAAGGGAUCCCCAAGAAUUGCUUUCCAUCAUUUGGCCAUCGUCGCUGCAUUCUUAGAGUCUUCGGCCAAGAAUGGUGAUAACGUCGUCAUUGAAAACCCAUGA